GGGGGUGGGGUGGGGUGGGGGUUGAUCGAGAGAGAGAGAGAGAGCGAGCGAGAGAGAAGAGGGGUAAGUAGGUAAAGGGCAAAAGAGCGAGGAGAGAGAGAGAGAGAGAGAGAGCGAGCGAGAGCAGUCGUCUCGCGGCCGAGUUGAGGUGGUGGAAAGAGAGAGUGGUGAACGCAGCAGCAGCAGCAGCAGCACGUACGUGGAAGAGGUGGCCGAGGGAAAAGAAGAAGAGGAGCAAGAGGAGGACGAGGAGGAAGAGAAGAAGAAGAGGAAGAAGAAGAAGGAGCUUGUCGAAAGGAGUAAGAGGGAGGAAGGAAGGGAAGCGCGAUAGCGCGAAGAGAGCGGAAAGGAACUUGUUCUUGACGCUGAUAGAGUCGACUGUGCAGGAAGAGGGGGAGGAGGAAGAGGAAGAAGAGGAAGAGGAAGAGGUGGAGGCGGGAGUGAGAGAGAGAGGAAGAGGAGGCGGUGGAAGAGAAAGGGCAGCAGCGGUGGAAGAGGAAGAAGGCGACGUUGGCCGCCGCGUGGCUUCGAAGGACGACGAAAUUAUGAAGCGUAUAAAGUGCGUGCGAUCGGCCAUCAUAGUAGCUGUUGGCCGGUGAAUGUGUGAUCCGGGGGCAGCAGAGAUCCGCCGGAAUGACGAGCGAAGAGACGCCGACCGAGCAGCCCCCGGUAGAUGACUGCCUAAAGGAGCGAAAAUGGUGGUGCUUCUUGCUGUCGAGCAUCUUCACGUUCCUCGCCGGGCUGCUUAUCGUCCUCCUCUGGCGCGCGUUCGCCUUCCUUUGCUGCCGAAAAGAGCCCGAAUUCGCCCCAAAUGACCCGAAGCAGAAGGAGCAUAAGUCGAACCGCCAUGGGAAGGAGUUCGAGGGAACUUUUAUGACUGAGGCCAAAGAUUGGGCCGGCGAGCUGAUUUCCGGACAGACCACCACUGGACGUAUUCUUGUGGUGCUAGUUUUCAUUCUCAGUAUAGCAUCGCUUAUAAUAUACUUCAUCGAUGCCUCCAGCGAGGAGGUGGAACGUUGCCAGAAAUGGAGCAACAAUUUUACUCAGCAGAUAGACUUAGCUUUCAAUAUAUUUUUUAUGGUCUACUUUUUUAUACGCUUUAUCGCCGCCAGUGACAAGCUGUGGUUCAUGCUGGAGAUGUACUCGUUCGUGGAUUACUUUACGAUACCACCGUCCUUCGUAUCGAUAUAUCUCGAUCGGACGUGGAUCGGACUGAGAUUCCUCCGAGCCCUACGAUUGAUGACGGUCCCUGACAUCCUCCAGUACCUCAACAUUCUAAAGACAUCGAGCUCCAUUCGUCUCGCCCAACUCGUAUCCAUCUUCAUCUCCGUCUGGUUGACCGCUGCUGGCAUCAUUCAUUUGCUUGAAAACUCAGGGGAUCCAUUCGAGUUCACAAACCCGCAACAGCUUUCGUACUGGACCUGCGUGUAUUUUCUAAUCGUGACGAUGUCCACGGUAGGAUAUGGCGACGUUUACUGCCAGACGGUCCUCGGCCGCACAUUCCUAGUAUUUUUUCUACUCGUCGGUUUGGCCAUAUUCGCCAGUUGUAUCCCCGAGAUAAUUGACCUGAUCGGGACGCGAAACAAGUAUGGCGGCACUUUGAAGAACGAGCGAGGUCGCAGACAUAUUGUCGUGUGUGGUCAUAUCACCUACGAAUCGGUCUCGCACUUUCUCAAGGACUUCUUACACGAGGAUCGCGAGGACGUCGAUGUAGAAGUUGUCUUCUUGCAUAGGAAAGAACCAGAUCUUGAAUUGGAGGGUCUCCUCAAGAGGCAUUACACCACCGUGGAGUUUUUUCAGGGCACGAUGAUGAAUGCCGUGGAUCUGGAACGCGUCAAGGUCCACGAAGCAGACGCGUGUUUGGUUUUGGCGAACAAGUAUUGCCAGGACCCGGACGCCGAGGACGCGGCCAAUAUCAUGCGCGUCAUCUCCAUCAAGAACUAUUCGGAUGACAUUCGUGUCAUUAUACAACUGAUGCAGUAUCACAACAAGGCCUAUUUACUAAACAUUCCAUCAUGGGAUUGGAAGCAGGGUGACGAUGUAAUUUGCCUGGCCGAAUUAAAGCUAGGAUUUAUCGCGCAGUCCUGCCUCGCACCAGGCUUCAGCACAAUGAUGGCCAAUCUCUUCGCCAUGCGAUCCUUUAAGACGAAAUGGUCGGUUGAUUGGUACCAGUCACCCAAUAUACAGGCUUGGCAGAAUGACUACCUACGUGGAACUGGAAUGGAGAUGUACACCGAGACACUGAGCCCUACCUUCAUUGGAAUGCCUUUUGCGAGAGCCACUGAGUUGUGCUUCACGAAACUGAAACUACUCCUGCUGGCGAUUGAGAUCAAGGGCGAAGGAGGUGUUGACAGUAAGAUCUCGAUCAAUCCACGUGGUGCCAAGAUCGCUGCAAAUACUCAGGGAUUCUUUAUUGCUCAAUCCGCGGACGAAGUCAAGCGGGCGUGGUUCUAUUGCAAAGCAUGCCACGAUGAUAUUAAAGACGAGACACUGAUCAAGAAAUGCAAGUGCAAAAACUUGGGGCAGCAGCAGCGCUCCUGGGGCCGGGACUUAGAUGUGGGGAUGAUGAUGAUGCAGACUGGCAUGGUGAAGGGAAACACUGCCUACAGCAGUUACUUAGAUGUGGCCACAUUCCGGAAAGGCGUGCGAGCUGUUCAAAUGGUCGGAAGAGCAAGUGAAGACUUCUCGUACCCAAACGACCACCAUCCUCCCCCCACAUUCACUCCGCCAGAACUGCCCAAGAUGGUUCACGUGAGAGGUGAGAUCAAUCGUGAACGAGAAGAUCCGAACGCAAUGAGGAAUCAUCGAAAUUCUGUCGGAAUGACAAUGAUGAAUUCGACGAAGCAAGUCAACAAAGUGAAACCGAACGUGAAUCGAGCGACGAACGAUAGUUUGUCGAGUCCCAAUCAGCCUUAUAAUCAGAGAUCGCAAGAAGAAUCCGCAUAUGCUGGCUACCAUCUCGCUUAUGAAGUGAAGAAACUUAUGCCAACGAGUAGAGCCUCGGGUGGUACAAACGUAAACAACAACGGUGGUCUUCAAGUUGGCAUCGCCGACGAUCAGGCAAAGGAUUUCGACUUUGAGAAGACCGAAAUGAAAUAUGACUCAACGGGCAUGUUCCAUUGGAGUCCAUCCCGUAACCUCGAAGACUGCAUAUUAGAUCGUAAUCAGGCGGCCAUGACGGUUCUAAAUGGACACGUCGUUGUUUGUCUGUUUGCCGAUCCCGACUCGCCUCUUAUCGGGUUGAGAAACCUUGUUAUGCCAUUACGAGCUUCCAAUUUCCAUUACCACGAGCUUAAACACGUAGUGAUAGUUGGGUCUGUGGACUACAUCCGCCGCGAAUGGAAAAUGUUGCAGAACCUACCAAAAAUAUCGGUGUUGAACGGUUCACCGUUGAGCAGAGCUGAUCUGCGAGCAGUCAACGUGAAUCUAUGCGACAUGUGUUGCAUCCUGUCGGCAAAAGUGCCUAGCAACGAUGACCCCACCCUCGCCGACAAGGAAGCCAUCCUCGCAUCCCUUAAUAUAAAGGCCAUGACGUUCGACGAUACGAUCGGCGUGUUAAGUCAAGCGAAUAAUGAGCAAGGUAAUUUGACCACAGUUGGCAGCCCGAUCGUACUACAGCGACGAGGAUCCGUUUACGGGGCAAACGUGCCAAUGAUCACAGAACUCGUAAACGACAGCAACGUUCAGUUCCUUGAUCAGGACGAUGACGACGACCCAGACACGGAACUCUACCUCACACAACCGUUCGCUUGCGGUACCGCUUUUGCUGUGAGCGUAUUAGAUUCGCUCAUGUCGACGACGUACUUCAAUCAAAACGCGCUCACUCUGAUCCGUUCUCUGAUAACCGGUGGAGCAACGCCCGAAUUGGAAUUAAUUUUAGCAGAAGGUGCCGGUUUGAGAGGGGGUUACAGCACCGCGGACAGUUUAGCCAAUAGAGAUCGAUGUCGAGUCGGUCAAAUCGCAUUGUACGAUGGGCCAUUGGCUCAGUACGGCGAAGGAGGCAAGUACGGUGACCUCUUUGUCGCAGCAUUAAAAUCGUAUGGAAUGCUGUGCAUUGGUCUGUACAGGUACAGGUUUCGAGAUACAAGUUCGUCGUGCGAUGCUUCUUCAAAGAGAUACGUCAUUACAAAUCCACCGGACGAUUUCACACUCUUACCCACAGAUCAGGUUUUCGUGCUGAUGCAGUUCGAUCCAGGACUUGAGUACAGACCCAGCAGAGGUACCCGUGGCAAAGACGACGCCUCCUGACUGUUGCUGUGUAGCGCCCUCACCGACGGACCUUACUCCUACAUCUAAUUCACGCGUCGAAGGUCAUCAUGCCGCUCAUCAUUCCUGAACUCAUCCCGUCUUCUUCGUCGUUCGAGAAAGGAGAUGAAAUAUCACGCGUCCAUCAUCGAGCCUACGCGAGCCCCGUCCAUAGAAAAUCAAGCAAGCAAGCAA